UGUACCCUAUUAAAUUAUUCGUUUGCCAAUUACUGGUGAAACAAUGGCAGGUUCUGCUACAGCUGCAUUAUAGGUGAAUCCAUUUUCCAGCUGCCCUGAGUAUAUUUGUAUUUCGAGUCCGUCUCCAUCACAUGACCUCUAAUGAGAGCGCAAAGAACACGGAUGGAGCGAAUGUGUGUGUGUCAAGUCAGACACUCUCCUCGUGACUUUCCCCCAUUCACAAAUGAUAAGCCUCUCUGUGUGACUCAGGCUUUGCGUCAGCACCAUCCAUCCGAACAAGAGAUGCGGGCGGCAAAAACAGACGCGCUCCUCCUAUAACCUCCGUUCAGCUGCGGGGAGUGGGCGGGUGGUCGGGAGUGUCCCCCUGAUCUGACGUCACGCUUACGUGCGCAUCUCUGACAGGCUAUUGCUGGCUCCCGGUGAAUGGAUCCGGGGACCCCUGUCCCUCCCAACUCUGUUCCCAAAGCACAGUCCCUCCUACCUGUGCUAAUCCGAGCGCAUCCAGUCCUGACAGCAUCACAUGCAGAGGGUUCCACUACUUUAUACCCUUUAAUACGUAGCUUGGAAUUCAUCUGUAUUUAACCCUACAGACCCCAUCUUUUGCGUCUUCCAGUCGGCAAACCCUACAAAUGCCUAAAAACAGUAAAGUUACUCAGCGAGAGCACUGCAAUCAGCAUGUCACAGAGUCUGUGGCUGACCUCUUGGCCCAUGAAGAACCCAUAGAUCAUAAAGCCAGUGCUUUGAAUGUAUCGGGUGAAGAUAGCCAGCCAAAACUGCUUGAAGACAGUUCAGAACUUGAAGACAGGCCAGCAUGGAACAACAAAUUACAAUAUAUUCUUGCACAAAUUGGAUAUUCUGUAGGCCUAGGCAAUGUAUGGCGGUUUCCAUACCUUUGUCAGAAAAAUGGAGGAGGUGCUUAUAUGGUCCCCUACCUGAUUUUACUUAUUAUAAUUGGCAUCCCACUCUUCUUUCUUGAACUGGCCGUUGGACAGAGAAUUCGCAGAGGAAGUAUUGGAGUGUGGAAUUAUAUUUGUCCCCGACUAGGAGGAAUUGGCUAUGCCAGCUGUGUGGUUUGCUUCUUUGUUGGCCUUUAUUAUAAUGUUAUCAUUGGAUGGAGCAUCUUUUAUUUCUUUCAAUCCUUUCAAUACCCUCUACCAUGGAAUGAAUGCCCCACUGUGAAAAAUGGAUCUGUAAAUGUGGUAGAGGCAGAGUGUGACAAAAGCUCAGCUACAACAUUUUUCUGGUAUCGGGAAGCUUUAGAUAUUUCAAAUUCAAUAUCAGAAAGUGGAGGCUUUAACUGGAAGAUGACACUGUGUCUGUUAGUUGCUUGGAUAAUGGUGUGCAUGGCAAUGAUUAAAGGCAUCCAGUCAUCAGGAAAGGUAAUGUACUUCAGUUCCCUUUUCCCAUAUGUGGUUUUGAUCUGUUUCCUCGUACGUGGCUUGCUCUUACGGGGGUCUGUUGAUGGAAUACUUCAUAUGUUAACACCCAAGGUCGAGAAGAUGUUGGACCCACAGGUGUGGAGAGAAGCUGCAACACAGGUGUUUUUUGCCUUGGGGCUUGGCUUUGGAGGGGUCAUUGCAUUUUCAAGCUACAACAAGCAGGACAAUAACUGCCAGUUUGAUGCUGUUCUUGUCUCUUUCAUAAACUUCUUUACUUCGGUUUUGGCCACGCUGGUCGUUUUUGCAGUGCUUGGGUUCAAAGCUAACUUAAUGAAUGAGAAAUGCGUGGUGCAAAAUGCAGAAAAAAUUCUUGGAUAUCUGAAUACUCAAGAAAUAAGCUAUAAUCUCAUACCGCCACAUGUGAACUUUUCCCACCUGACAACAGAAGACUAUGCUGAAAUGUAUCAAGUUAUCAAGACUGUUAAAGAAGAUAGUUUUCAAAACCUGCACCUUGAUGCAUGUGUACUGGAGGAUGAACUUGAUAAGGCAGUGCAAGGAACAGGACUGGCUUUUAUUGCAUUCACAGAGGCUAUGACACAUUUUCCAGCCUCACCUUUCUGGUCUGUUAUGUUUUUCUUCAUGUUGAUUAACCUUGGGCUUGGAAGCAUGAUUGGGACCAUGUCUGGCAUCAUCACACCUUUAAUAGAUACAUUUAAAGUACGAAAGGAAAUUCUGACAGUCAGCUGUUGCAUCGUUGCCUUCCUGCUGGGCUUGAUCUUUGUUCAGCGCUCUGGAAAUUAUUACGUCACCAUGUUUGAUGAUUACUCUGCCACGCUGCCACUCACCAUUGUGGUCACCCUGGAAAACAUUGCAGUAGCAUGGGUGUAUGGCACAAAGAAGUUCAUGCAGGAACUGACAGAAAUGCUGGGAUUUCGCCCAUAUGCAUAUUACUUUUAUUCAUGGAAAUACGUUUCACCAAUCUUGAUGGCGAUACUUCUCACAGUUAGUGUCAUACAGUUGGGAAUAAGCCCCCCAGGUUACAGUGCAUGGAUCAGAGAACUGGCUACAGAACAAUUUGUCUUGUAUCCUACAUGGGCUCUUUCAAUACUUAUCACCCUGAUAAUAGUAGCGAUCCUUCCAGUGCCAGUGAUCUUCAUUCUCUGGCAGUUCCAGCUCAUUCCAGAUGGAUCCAACAAACUGUCUGUGUCUUAUAAAAAAGGUAUGAUGAAGGAUAUUUCUAACUUGGAGGAUAAUGAUGAAACCCGGUUUAUUCUGAGCAAAGUUCCUAGUGAGACACCAUCACCUAUGCCUACUCACCGCUCAUAUCUUGGUCCAGCAAAUGCGUCACCUUUAGAUCUGGGGGGUGCGUCAAACGGAAGGUAUGGUAGUGGCUAUUUGCUGGCAACAACCCCUGAAUCCGAACUGUGAUUUUGCCCUCUGGUUAUUUUGCAAUAUUGUCAAAUGCAAAUUUUCUUUUUCAACAAACACAAUACAUCAUCCUUCAGAGUCUUUAUAAAUACACUAAUAACUGGGUUAAUAAUUAAUGUCUCCAUGAUUAUAUAAUCAUAUAAGUCUGUUAUGUAUUUAUUUUUAAUAAUUUUUGUUUGUCUUUCCUAGACUGGAAAAGUCUAGCUGCUUUGUGAACUUUCAGAAUCCGCCAUUCUGUAAAUUCAUAUCUCCAAGUAUAUAAUUUAAGAAUACAUGUGAAUUUCACAAUUGAUAAAUAGGGAUGGGCGAAUUCGACCCGUUUUGUUUCGCCAAAAACUUGCCGCCGGCGAAAUGUCGCCGACACCCA